UGUUGCACCCAGAAAGCAAGGUACUUCUUCACCUUUUAUCACUGUGUCCCUGAGAUCGCCCAGAGCUGCUGUGGACAAACCUCUGGCCUUCCCCAGGCAGCCCCCCCUGCAACUGGAUACCGAGGGACCCCCCAACACCAGGAAUGGAACCAGCCUUUGGAGAAGUCAACCAGCUUGGAGGGGUGUUUGUCAAUGGAAGACCUUUACCCAAUGCCAUCAGGCUAAGGAUUGUGGAGUUGGCCCAGCUUGGGAUCAGGCCCUGUGACAUCAGCAGACAGCUGAGAGUGUCCCAUGGUUGUGUCAGCAAGAUACUAGCUCGCUACAAUGAGACUGGAUCCAUCUUACCUGGGGCUAUUGGGGGCAGCAAGCCCAGGGUGACCACCCCAACGGUGGUGAAACACAUCCGGACAUACAAGCAGAGGGACCCUGGUAUCUUUGCCUGGGAGAUCAGGGACAGACUCCUGGCAGAUGGGGUGUGUGACAAAUACAAUGUGCCUUCAGUCAGUUCCAUCAGCAGGAUUCUACGAAAUAAAAUUGGAAAUUUAUCCCAACAGAGUCACUAUGACAACCAUAAACAGCAUCACCACCCUACAGCUCACUCUGCCCUCCAGUACAACCACAUCUACUCUUACCCCAGCCCUAUUGCUGCAGGAGCCAAAGUGCCCACACCACCUGGAAUGCCCCCAAUUUCUGGCUCUAUGGGCAUGCCAAGGACUUGGCCCUCCUCACACUCUGUCACAGAUAUCCUGGGGAUUAGAUCAAUCACAGACCAAGUUAGUGACACAUCACCCUAUCACAGCCCCAAGAUGGAGGAAUGGAGCACCCUAACCCGAAACGGCUUCCAGACCACCCAGCACAUGAUCAAUGGCCUGGACAAGGGCUCCCUGGACCAGGAGGUCAAAUACAGUCAGGCAGCUAGCGGUUUACCAACCGUUGGUAGUUUUGUGGCAGCAUCAGGCAUGACUCCAUACCCCACUCCGGCACCCGUCUCACCUUACAUGACAUACGGCACAGCAGCACCCACAGGAUAUGUGACAGGACAUGGAUGGCAACACACUGCGGGUACGCCACUAUCGCCUCAUAACUGCGACCUCACUGCAUCACUGGCAUUCAAAGGCAUGCAGACCGCACGAGAAGGUAACUAUCAACUGACAGCCAAGAAAAGAACAGCAUUGUGCAGUGCCAAAGAAAUGACACAGGUGACAAGCAGAAGAUACGAAAGCGGCCAUCCAAACACGCAAGUCUCCGCAGUCUUAUCACACAGCCCCAAGGCACGGGACAGUUGCUCAUAUGCAAAGCGCAUAAAAAUAAGUGACGCAACCAGCACAAAUCCGCUGCAAUAUUUCUCCUGAAAGAUUCAGAAGUGCAUCAUUCAUCGUGUUUUACAAACGACUAGAGGCUUGCCACAGACCAAAAAUGGAUUACAACAGAUAAACUGUCCUCCGCAAAGAUACGUCCAGGUAUCUCCUUCACACAAAUUAAAGGUCAACAUGGCGGGUACUUUUGGAUAGCACCUCUGUGAAAGAACUCUUUGUAACAUGAUGGAACCACAUUGCCGUAUGUUUAAACAUUGCUAGCCAUGCAAGUGAAAUCAAAACUCUUUUCAUUUUAUGCCCAGAAUCGAUAGAGACGAUGCGGUUUGGACAUGUAAAAAGCAGGAAAACUCUCAAACAAUGAAAAACGUAUGUCAUUAAAACCUAAUCUAAAUGUGAAGAGGAAAUGAAGGGACAUUGGACAUAUACCUCAUGCUGUGUAAAGCUGUGUAUUUUUUUUUUAACAGCUCAAAAUGGGGUCACUGGGUUUUAAACCCAAAUUAUGCAUUGGACAUCAAGGCCACUCAAAGCAGCCAAACCAGAUGUGAUCUGAAGGACUUAACAAUAUACUUCUCUAUUACCCCCUUCUUACUGUUACAUAGCAGGUCUGCACAGAUCGUGACCAGGGUAAAUAUGGGAAAUGACAUAUCCAACGCAAAAGGAAAUGUGAAAAAAAUGUUUUGUUUGUAAUGUCCUUUAUAUUUGUUUAACUUUUAAGUAUUGUGUCCCAAUUUGACUAUAAUAAAUGGGGUGGGUUAAUAAUUGUAGAAUAUUGUAGAGGUCCAUGGUUUUGAGUGUAGAUUAUUGCUAAAAAAUAAAAAAAAACUUAAGACUGAAAUUGAGCAGUCUUUUAAAAAUUAAGUUCAGCUAAAAGUUCCUUGUUGUUUUUUUUUUUUUUUUUUAUAGUUAUUUUAAUUUUUCUUUUAUUUUUAAUUCCGUGGAAGUUUAAUAUUUUGCUCAUUAGACGGCCAAGCAAUGCACUUGUCUUACAGAUCAGUUGGACCUGGUGUGGUUUGUAAAUUUCAGAUAACUUCAUUGUUUAAUCAAUGAUGGACUAAUCCAUUGUUUAUCGACAGAUGGUUAAUUUGAAGCACUUAAACGGCAUGAAACUGUAAUUGCAGUACUAUACAAAUCUGGUCCAAAUAGGGAAUAUUGGAAAGUUCUGUAGAAUGAUAACACAUCCACUAAGUCUUUAAAUUCUGUUACUUUCAUAAUACAGGCAAUACAUGUCUAAACAUGAAGGGAAUCUGUCAUUUUCUGGUAGGCUGUAGGUAGGUUUAAACAUGCAGUGAAAAGCCUAUCUAAGUUGAAGUUUAUGCUGGUUCCCCUUGUGAUGUAUGUGUCCCUUACUCUGGAGUUCUAAUAAAGUGGAAGGACCUA